CUCUUCGGCAUCCCUCUCCUCGUCUCUAACUCCAAAGCAAUAAGGCAAUAUCAAUACCAACAUGAGCCCAAAUCCAUCGAUUGCCGCACAAAUCGCUUCUCUGGCCCGCUCCGUCCAGUCCACAGGCUUUGCCGAUGAGGCCGCUCGGCAAGAAGCGCUGGGCUCUGCGCGGGGCUUGCUGCAGGCGCUGGAAUCGCCGGUUGAAAGGAUCUUGCAAGAUGUCGUGGUGAACUGCUCCGUCUUGAUGGCUCUCCGCAUGGGCGUCCAGCUGGGUAUAUUCACUCGGAUCAGUCAGAGUGCGGAAUCCGGUAUUACUGCUGAAGAAAUCACCAGGGCGUCCGGGGCGAGUCUUGUUCUUGUCGAACAAGUCAUCCGACUGCUCGUGGCCUCUGGAUAUGUCAAGCAAGAAGAUGCGCAGACAUUCAAGCCGUCCGCUCUGACGACGGUCAUGGCCGACCCUACAAUGGAGGCAACCACACGGGCCUGCUGCGACAUGGGCAACCUAUGCGCUCUCAAGGCCCCCGAGUUCUUCCGCAGGAACAACAACCAAUUCCCCAGCUCAGCCAAAGACACCCCCUUCCAGCUCGCGAUGAACACCAGCCUCGGUUACUUCGAAUGGCUCGGCCAGAACCCAGACCUAGCCAAGGAUUUCCAGCAGUGGAUGACAAUGAAGCAGAAAGCGACACCAAACUGGGUCGACUGGUUCGACAUCCAGGGAGAAGUCAUCGAUGGCUUCAAGUCGGAUUCUCCAGAGAACGGCGUCCUCCUCGUGGACGUCGGCGGCGGCGAGGGCCACUAUCUACGAGAAUUCAGGGGGAAGUUCCCCCAUGCUCCUGGUCGGUUGAUUCUGCAGGACCUCCCGCAUGUCGUUUCAAGUAUCGAGAGUCCACCACGGGGUAUCGAGGUGACCGUGCAUGACUUCUUCACUCCGCAGCCUGUGAGAGGUAACUGGACUGCAGCCGCAACCAGUCCCCUGGUUUAAAAGACACUAGCUUAUUGUGCUUUCGUCCAGGUGCACGGGCAUAUUUCAUGCACUGGGUCCUCCACGACUGGUCCAACGAGAAAUGCCAGUCCAUCUUGCUUAACAUUGUGGAUGCAAUGGAGCCUGGAUACUCCCGUCUGAUCAUCCACGAGCACAUCCUGCCCGACGUGAACUGUGAUCUGCCCUCUGCGUGUAUGAGCGUCAUGAUGAUGGUGCAGGUUGCUUCUUUUGAGCGCUCCGAAAACCAGUGGCGUGGGUUGCUUGAGUCGGUAGGGUUGAGGCAGAUUCGGUUCUAUCAGCCUCCUGCCACGGGUGAGGGGAUUAUUGAGGCUGUUAAAUGAUAGACGAAUAGAAUGUAGAUCCAUG